UUAUGAUAGUACCCCAACAAUUAACUUUCCUCUGAUCACCGUUUAUAAAUUUUAAGAACGUUAUUUAGCAUUAUGAAGUCUAAAAAUGGUUUUUGUCUGGUGUCCAUUUUUAAAAAUCACUCCUUUGAAUCUGCAACGUGUCAACAUACUGCAGACGAAUUCCUGCCGCUGUCAACUGGGUAAACUAUUUGCUAUUCGAUCCCACACAAAUUUUUGAAAAUAAAAUGGAAUCAAGUGUGGAAAAAGCCAAUCCUUUGGCAAAAAAACUAGCCAAAAUUCAAGACAAUCAAUUUGAAAAUGACAAAGAUACGCUUGAAGCCCUGAAGGAAUUGUCAACCUUUUUCAGCGAAAACAGUAUUCGAACUCGUAGGAAUCUUCGUGGCGAGAUUGAAGGAAGAAGCUUGGCAAUUAAUCAGGAUAUUUUUAAAGCUUUCCAUCAAGUCAAAGAGGCACUAAAUGAUGUGCACUCUCAAGUAUUAUUCAUGGAUCAAAGCUGCAAAGGAAUGUCAACCAAACUUGCUGCUGUGAAAACAAGAACUCAUCAAUUAAUGUCUCAAAUGACUAGUUUUCAAACUGCAAGCAAUCAGUUAAGUAUGGAACAAAUGGUGGCCAGCAAAAUGAUUGAAACCUUCCAACUAACACCUGCAGAAGUGACAGAAUUGCAAAGCUUUGACCGAUCUGUCAAUCCAGAGUUUUUUACAGCAUUGAGGAAAUCUAAGCAUAUCCAUCAACAAUGUAAGCAACUCCUUCAAAGUGGCCACCAAACUACUGCUUUCGAAAUAAUGGAGCAAAUGGCGUCCUAUCAAGAGACAGCGCUGGAAAGACUUUACCGUUGGACGCAAAACCAAUGCAGGAACGUUGAUUCACCAGAUUCAAAUAUUUUGCUUACCCAAGCGAUUUCGUGCCUUCAGGAUCGGCCCAUUUUGCUUAAAUACGUUGUUGAUGAAUAUUGCACCGUACGCCGUGGAUUGGUUGCGAGAUCAUUUCUUGAUGCCUUAACUGUGGGUGGCCCUUAUGGAACUCCUCGACCAAUUGAGCUCCAUGCUCAUGACCCUGCUCGUUAUGUUGGAGACAUGCUCGCUUGGCUUCACCAAAUGACUCCAACCGAAAAGGAAAAUGCACAAGCGCUUCUUAAAGGCUGCGACAAGUCAGACAUAGGCGAGUUAGUAAAAGGCGCCUUGUCAAAUAUUACCGAAGGCGUGUGCCGCCCGUUGCGUUUGCGUUUAGAACAAGUGAUCUCGCCUGACAUUGGUCCUGCUGUACUGCACACCUUGUCAGGACUAAUUCGAUUUUAUCUCAACACUAUUGGCGAGGUGGUGCCAAACAGUGCGUUGAUAGAAACUCUGAACGACAUAUUCGAUCAAUGCCAUCACACGUUUUUGACUUCCUUAGAGUCUCACGUUCAUAGGCUUUUAGAGAGAAUUCAGCCUCCAAGCCAGGAUUUAAGUCCUUCUCUCGGAGUUAAUCAGCUUCUAAAUUUAUUAAGGGAUGUUCUCUCAGGAGGACAUAUAGUAGAUGCACAAGCCUCCGACGUUGCUGAAGUGGUGAGCAGAGUUUUGGACCCCUUGAUGCAAUUUAUAGAAAAUACUGCUGGUCGUCUUCCAAGAGUUGAUCAAGCUGCUUACACCCUCAAUUGUGUCUACCAGAUUCACUCAUCUCUGUCUCUUUAUGAACAUGUUGAAGAACGCUUGGAGAAUUUACAGGGACUAAUGGAAAAUCAGCUAACACUUUUGAGCACUGAGCAAGCCACAAGCCUUAUUCACAGUUUGGGAUUGGGUCCAGUGUGUGCCCUUUUGCAAAAUCAAAAUGAUGGAGAAUUGUUGUCUAACAUCCCAGGAAUGGACUCUUCUAGUUUGCAAUCAUUUCUGAUCAAAUUGGAUGCCUUGCUGGGAGCCCCAGAUGCGUUACAGCUUGCUCAGUGGAAAUUGUUGAUCAGCGGCUCUCACAGAAAAAUAAUCCAACGACGUGCGCUUGACACCGUACUUUCCAUUUAUGAGCAGCUGUAUGAUGCUGUUCACAACCCAGCUAAUUGUUAUGAAAAUCCAUCAAGUAUUAUGCCAAGAACACCUCAGCAAGUUAGAAAUUUACUUGCAUGAUUAUACUGUCAGAGGGAUAUUUUUUUAUACAUAUUUUCACUUUAAGAAAGAUUUUCUAAAUAAUUUAAUUUGUCAAAAUUUACUUUGUAGAAUCCCUACAAGGUUGUUACACAAAAAAUUACAUUGCUGAGCACUA